ACUCAUUCCUAUGUUACCCCACGGAGUAUGCGGCAAGACGUGUCUCUCCUACACGGGCCAUCUCAAUAUGCUCAUCAUCGGCAAGUCAAUUGUCCUUGUGGAGCACCUUGUGGGAUGGAUGGGGCGAUUGCUUCAUGUGAUAUCGCGGGGUUGUCACUUCGUACCAGUGUUGAGCUUCACAUAUAAAGCUUCACCAGCUUUACUCUCUCGUAUCUUUCAACUCAAACCCUACCACCCUACGUCUCAACUUUCAAUCCUCCCAAAAUGUUUGCUGAACGCCACACCAUCAAGCUCCCUCGCUUUCCAGCCGAGCCUUCGCUGCAGAAAGCGAAACCAGCAACCCCUAAAGAAGUCGCACAGCAAUGGAUCACCAAGCUCGAAUCCGUCUUGAAAAAUAAAGAUGCAGCCGCUUUGUCGACUGUCAUGCAUACCGACUGCUGGUUGCGGGAUAUGCUCGCUUUUUCGUGGGACAUUCGAACCAUUCACGGCUUGGAUAACCUCGCUGUCUACUUCGGCGACAAUUGGAACCACAGCACACUAUCUAACCUACGAAUUCGAGAGACUGGAAAAUUUUCACCUAGUACCUCAUCCCCGAUCGAAGGCCUGGAGUGGUUGGAAUCGAUGUUUGACUUCGACACAACUGUUGGCAAGGGAUCGGGAAUGUUGCGUCUGGUGCAGGGACCAGAUGGAGUUUGGAAGGGAUAUAUGAUUUACACUGCGUUGCAGGAGUUGAAGGACUUUCAGCAGCAGGAGAAGUAUUUGAGGCCGCAUGGUGGCUUGGAGAAGCUUCCUGGAGGGGCGGCUAAGGGGAAUUGGUUUGAGAGGAGACAGAGACAGAUGGAGUUUUUGGAUGAGGAUCCAACUGUCCUUUGCCUUGGUGCAGGUCAGUCAGGACUGAACAUGGCAGCCAGACUUCAAGCGAUGGGUGUAUCUGCACUCAUCGUAGACAAGAAUAAGCGCGUGGGAGAUAACUGGCGGAGUAGAUAUCGAACAUUGGUCACUCACGACCCCGUCCAAUACACACACAUGGCUUUCCUGCCAUUUCCAUCCAACUGGCCCCUCUUCACGCCCAAAGACAAGCUAGGCGACUGGUUCGAGUCGUACGCCAACUUAAUGGAACUCAACGUCUGGACACAAAGCACAAUCACCUCCAGCACGUACGAUGACAACACCCACACCUGGACCGUUGAAAUCCAACGAGGCGACGGCUCCACUCGCACCCUCCACCCAAAACACAUCAUCCUCUGCACCGGCCACGCCGGCGAAGCCCUAAUCCCCAGCUUUCCAGGCCAAGAUACUUUCCAAGGCAAAGUCUACCACGCAUCCUUCCACCAAGACGCCGCGGAAACUGGUUCCGCAGCCGGCAAAAAAGUCGUCGUCGUCGGCACCGGCAACUCCGGCCACGACAUCGCGCAGAAUUACUACGAGAACGGCGCUCAGGUGACUAUGCUGCAACGACGCGGCACCUAUGUAAUCUCAGCUGCCAAGGGUUUAUUCAUGCUUCACGAAGGCAUGUACGACGAAGGUGGACCGCCAACCGAAGACGCGGAUAUCGCUGGACAAUCGCUCCCUAUUCCCGUGCAGUUUGCGCUGAACGUCGACCUCACGAAGCGGAUUGCGGAGGCGGAGAAAGAGAAUGUGGAGGGGUUGACGAAGGCUGGGUUUAAGAUUGAUUUUGGUGAAGAUGGGUCGGGGAUUUACCGGAAAUACAUCACGAGAGGAGGCGGGUAUUAUAUCGAUGUUGGGUGCAGUAAAUUGAUUAUCGAGGGUAAGAUUGCGGUGAAGCAGAGCCCCGGCGGAAUUUCACAUUUCGAGCCGAAUAAGCUGGUUUUGGCGACUGGGGAGAGGUUGGAUGCUGAUGUUGUAGUGUUGGCGACCGGGUAUGAUAAUAUGAGGACGAGUGCUAGGAAGAUCUUUGGGGAUAAGGUCGCGGAUCGGUGUAAGGAUGUUUGGGACUUGGAUGAGGAGGGAGAGGUUAAUGCUAUGUGGCGUCCGAGUGGUCAUCCUGGAUUCUGGUUCAUGGGCGGGAGUUUGGCGCUUGCUAGGCAGUAUUCGAGAUUUGUUGCCUUGCAGAUCAAGGCUAUUGAGGCAGGUCUUACUCAGAGGUGAAAUGAGCUGGAGCUGGAGGAAAUUGAACAUUCGGACUAGGGAUUAUGGCAGACUGCAUUGCAUGGAUAUGUGUAGAGACCUUUCUUGUGUCUUGGUUGAUUUUGACACUGUCAACUUUUUAUCCGCUGCAAUUCGAUUCCAGACUAUUCUCAACAUCGCC